AUGGAAAAGUUGGGAUCAAAAUGCAGGAAUAUCUCCCUUUCUUGCGAGAAUAAAGCUGAUUCUUUCCCUAUGUGCCAGAAGUGUGAGACGUGUAUCUUGGCGUGGAGGGUCUUCUCUACCAAAGAGUGGUUCCAACGAAUCAGUGAGAUAGCACAGAGGAGGUUUCUAAUCAGCAUCCUGGUGCAGUUAGACAGCAUAUAUUUGUUACAGUACUUUCAAAGUAUCCUUCAGACCACUCAGGGGAAGGAUUUCAUCUACAACAGCUCCCGAAUCAAUGUCAGUAAGGAGGGGAAAACUGUGAAGUCCUCCUUGAACCAAGUGUUGGAUAAAACAAUAGAAGAGAAGAUGAAGGAGAUUUUAUACUGGUUUAGGAACAGUACCCACGAGACUAAAGUAAAUUAUACCCUUUUGCUGCUACAGAUGUGUGAGCCCAAGUUACUACUCACUGCUGCCAGUGUCAUCAGAAACCUGUUUUUGAAAGAGCAGAACUCAGGGAUCAAACAAGAUUGCAACAAUCUAUUUCUCUUCCCUGAUAAAAGCUUACAAUCUGAUGCUGCAUAUUGGAUAAAUGAAGCCAACAAUAAAUUCUUCCCCUCGUCCACUUCAGAAACAGAAAAUUUGCUAGAAAACAUUGGAGAAGAGUCAUCUAAAACUGAUCUAUCAAAGAAUCUACUUCAGUGUAUUUCCAAGAUGAACAAACUGUUUUCUGUAAAACCAAACAAGUCAUGGUGUACUCACUCAGAUUUGUUGAUUAGUUUAGAGGCUGUUGUUGACUUGUCUUCUGGGGCCAGCAAAUAUCGCGAUUUCAUUCGUUUCUUGCCAGUCCACCUCUCUAAGUAUAUUCUAGGUAUGCUGAGUAAAAUCACCCUGAACAGAUGUGCCUGUGUGAGCCAGCACUGGGCCUUCCUGACACAACAGGUCAAGAUGGAAUUGGCAAUGCAUACAUUUCUUCAGAACAAGAUUAUAUACUUGCAGGGUUUCUACAUCAAGGGAAUAGAUCCAAACUAUGCCAACAAGCUUUUUAUCCCAGUGCCUAAAAUGGUAGAUGAUGGAAAACAGACACGUAUGAAAAAUCAAAAAUGGAAACUGAGAACAAAGAAUGACUUCAACUUAUGGAGUGCAUACCAGAACCAGGAAACCCAACUAAUCCAGAUGGAGGAGAGAAAUGUCUUCUGUGGCACUUAUAAUGUUCGCAUUUUAUCUGACAUGUGGAAUCCAAACAGAGUCAUUCACUAUUCUGGGGGAGAUCUUGUGGCUGUUACAUCCAAUUGGAAGGUCUACCUUUUGAACAUCAGAAAAGCAAAGAAGAUAGAUGUUGAGUUCAAAGGCCAUGUAGGCAGUAUCCACAGCCUUGUGUUGUGCGAGAGGGAAAACUUUCUCCUAAGUGGAAGUUAUGACCUGAGUAUCAGAUAUUGGGAUUUGAAAAGUGGAGCUUGCAUACAAAUCUUCAGUGGACACCGGGGCACAAUCACUUGCAUGGAUGUAUAUAAGAAUACUUUAGUUUCUGGAGCAAGAGAUUGCCAGAUAAAAGAAUGGGAUCUAGAGACUGGAAAGUGUCUCAAGACCUUAAAACAAAAAAAUCCCAUUUUGGCCAUCAAGAUCAAUGGCACUUACAUUGUGAGCAGUUGUGAGCGAGGACUAGUCAAAGUAUGGAACAUUGUUACUGCCCAGCUGGUAAAGUCUCUUAUUGGUCACGAAGAAGCUGUGAAAUGUCUGUACUUUGACCAGUGGCAUCUACUCUCAGGAAGUUCUGAUGGCCUGGUAAUGGCCUGGAGCAUGGUGGAGAAAUAUGAGAGAUGCCUAAUGGCCUUCAAACAUCCAAAGGAGGUUCUCCAUGUGGCUCUUCUCUUUCUUCGAGUGAUCAGUGCCUGUGCAGAUGGCAAGAUUCGUAUUUAUAAUUUCCUAAAUGGAAACUGCCUUAAGGUGAUAAAAGUUAAUGGCAGGGGUGAUCCAGUGCUGUCCUUCUUUAUUCACGGUAACAGUAUGGUGAUCAACACAGAGAGCAAUGUUCUCUUGUUCCAGUUUGAGAAUACAAAAUGGCAGUACUCUACAGAACGGGUCAAGCAGAAAAAGGACAGAGAGGAUGACAGGGAAGAAAAUGGCCUCACAGAUAUUUCCUCCAAAUCUAGCACUCAGGCUUGCAGCCUGAAAGACUCCACAUCUAAUAAAUAUAUCAUGGCAUCAGAGUUCCUGUUGAGUCAACCUCACAAGGCCCGGAUUCCCCAAAUGAUUUCCAGGAUUCAUAAAGAUACGGAGAAAGUACAAAAACAAGAACAAUUAGAAAUUCCAAUGAAAAAGUACUGGAAAAUUCCUAUGACACCUGACCGGUUACUCCUGACCGUGAAUGCCCUGCAUACAGACCAUGAGGCAGGGACAUUUGCCUAUCACCAUAAGCCCCACAGCCAAGCCAUCAAAGCCUGGGGACCUUCAAUUUUGUACCAAAGAAAGGUUCUGAGUUUCAAAGGAAAAGCAUUACAACCUGAAGUUGAUAGGUUAAGAAGUAGUCACCUUCCCAUAGAUAUGUAUCAAACAAAUACUCCUCUUAAAAUCCAGAAACUGAAGCCAAAUUUGAAGAAAUCUUUGCAUAGUUCUGAAAUCCAGUCCACCAUACCCGAGCCCAUGCUUAUCCAUCCAACAUCCACUAGGAAUUUAAAGGGUAAAGAUCAGAAUAUAAAUGCAAUUGAUGGGAUAGUACGCAGCCACAGCCCCUUAACUAGUAUGCAUGUAAUUAAACCAACUCGAAUGUUGGCUCCACCAGGUGGCACAGCAUCCCUGUCUCUCAAGAAAGAAAGGCCUCACUUCUACUCAUCCCUUGAUCCAUUUAGAAUGAACACUGAUUUCAUGCUGAUGACUGUGAAGGAGGAGAAUGAGUAUAGGGAAGCUAAAUUGAAGGAAUAUCAGGUGACAAAGUCCACUGGAAUACUCAAUCCAGAAAAAGCCCACAGAAUGGCAUGGCUCAGGAAGAUCAAAGGCCUGCCAAUAGAUAGUUUCAUAAAGCAGGGGAAAAUAGCAGCCCCUGAAUUUGGACAAGACAUUUUUAUCUAA